GAAAAAAUAAAUAAGAAAUCAAUAUAAAACAGAUACCGGAAGUUACAUGAGACAAAUAAAUCAAACAUUUUUUGUUUUCAUUUUAGCCAGGCCAUGCGAAAAGAAUAAAAUAUUUGGCUAAUACAAUUAUAACAUUUAUCAAAUCGUGCAAAGCAGAACAAUCUUCAGUAAUUCCAUAUAGUACAUCUUGUAAUGUGAAGUCAAACCUUCAGCAUCCAGUUAGAAUUUUCCUGCCUAGGUUGCAGGAUGGAAAGUUGCGCGUCUUUUAGGAUGCGACAGUCACGUGAUUCCUCGUCAUACAUUUGCGCAGGGCUCAAAGCUAGCAAGAAGAGGCUGUAGACACAUUUCUUCUGAUUUAAAAAAGCUUUUUAAACUGCUGUUUAUCGAUGCUCUGGAAGGUGUGAUACACAGAGAGUCUGUACCGGGAGAGUCGACAGACGGGCUGACUGAUAUACAUACAAAGUGUCUGCGUACUGGAGGUUUUGCAGGUAAACAGUCAUGACUGACCGAAGAUUUGUGUUUGUCAAUGAAGAAGAGCUGUUCGGCAUGAUGAAGGACAUCGACUGCCUGUACUGUAGGAUUCCAGUUAUUGGAUCUAAACAUCACCUCAAAAAGAGACACCUCAGAUUCGCCAUCCAUUAUAAAGACUCUGACAUUGGAAAGUUCUCGAUCCCCUGUUACUGCUCUGAUGGAGGUCAUGGCAGGAGUCACUGGCAUUGCCCAAUGUGCAAAAAAAUAUUACAGAGGACAAAGGAUUUCAGAAUCCACAUCCACAACCAUGGUGUUAAGAUGACCGACAAAUCCACAGCUGAGCUAGAACCUACGGCAGUUCUCCUGCAGACUCUACAAAGCAAUAACAACAACAACAGCAGCCACAACAAUAACGAAGACACGACUUCAAGCGGUAAGCUAACAUGCCAGAAGUGCGGAGUCUACUUCACCACCGCGUCGAAUUUGCGACGGCACGAGAGGCUGCAGCACGACCAAGACCAGCAGCCCAUGUUAUGCAUAGAUGCCAAAAAAGCCAUCUACGUGACGCCCAAGGAUCUGCACGGCCCCAGAGUGCCCAUUCACAUCCGCAAGUCCUUCGCCCUGCAGAUUCUGCUGUGUGAGCUGGAGGAAUGCUGGGACUUCAUGAAGACGCAGGCCCAGAACGGGAAUCCAGGGAAAGAGUGCCGUCACCUGGUCAGGACGAACCAUGCGCGGGCUUACACCAUGCCUCCACCACUGUGUGUGAUCUCUCUGGAGGAAAUGACCCACAAAAACCUCCUGUCCAAAGCGGAGGGCGAAGAGUGCCAGCAAAUGAACUCCAAAGCAUGUUCAGAGGGAGUCGACUGCGUCUACCCUAUUCUCUGGGGGGAGCAAGACCUUCUAUUAGAGCGCUGCAUCUAUUUUUCUGUGCACACGGGGCUCAAGGACAAAUGGUGUCAGUUUGGAAGGACGCGCGUCUCAUUUGACAUCAGAUCCAAAGUCUGGAAGUGCCAGUGUGAAGGUGGCGGAGACCACAGCUGUGUUCACAAGUGUCUGUCCAUGUGGUGGCUGUUUCAGGAGCGUCCCGAGCUGCUGGAGAAUACCAUCGAAAUCACCGUCGAGAGAGUGGACUUGAUUGAGGAGGUGGUCAUGAAUGCAGAAGAUGCGAAUAAAAUGUCUACAGAGGUCGAUGAGCUCUGCUAGGUUCACCCUUAAGAAGUACAGGCUCAUUUUCUGUGAUUAAAACACUGGGCGUACUGUUGAUAUUGUCGUGGAAUUUGUUAAAGGCGCAGUAUGUGGUUUUGGCCACUAGAGGGCACGUGUUCACAACAAACAAAAGUGUGUUUUAG